GUUCAAACUCUCUCUCUCUCUCACUCACUCAUUCACUCACUCACUCACUCACUCUCUCUCUCUCUCUCUCUCUCUCUCUCUCGGGCAUGGCUUCAAUACCCAAUAAACAACAACCAUCGCCUGCCUAUGUAGAGGCAGUGGAAGAAAUCAAGAGAAUCUACAAAUCUCUGCCCCCCCGGCCGACAAUCGAAGAGGUUGAAGCCGCCGUCUCCGUCGUCCAAACCGUGGACACCGAACAGCGGAUGAAGCUCGAGCAGAUCUCCGGCCAGGCGGCCCAGCCGGGCGUCCCGCAGGAGCUUUUCUCCGUUCUGCAGCAGGCGAGGAAAACCAUGGUGAUGUUCCAAAGCCACGAGCAGAGGAAAGAGGCCACCCACUUGGUGGAGCUCGACAAGAUUUUCCAGGCUUUCGAUGAACUCAUUCAGAGAGCCUCUGACUUGGUUUGCGAGAGACAUGGCGAUUUGGGUGAUGAAAUUGGAAGAGAGUCUCUGAUCAGUGAUUUUGAGGAGCCGAAAGCCGAUUUUGGUUCCGAGGGUUUGGCAAAGAGUUCAUCAGCUAAGGCCGAGGGCGGUGAUGGCUUGAGGGACUUGGUCAAAAGUUUUUCCACUAAGGCUCCAGGUGAUGAACUAAAGACCGAGAAGUUGGAUCUGAUGAAAGUAGCAGCCUUGAUUGAAAACUCUGCUAAGAGUGGAUCAGGGAUUCUUGAUCUUCGAGGGAAGUUGAUGGACAAGAUAGAAUGGCUUCCCCUAUCGCUUGGGAAGUUGUCAAAUAUACAUGAGUUAGACCUGUCUGAGAACCGGAUAAUGGCUCUUCCAUCCACCAUUGGCAGCCUCGAGGCCCUAGUGAGGCUGGACGUGCACUCAAAUCAAGUGAUAAAUCUUCCUGAUUCAUUUGGUGAUCUAGUGAAUUUAACCCAUCUUGGUCUUCAUGCAAACAUGUUGAAAUCACUUCCUCCGUCUUUUGGGAACUUGACUAAUCUCAUUGAUCUCGAUUUGAGUUCGAACAAUUUUAGCCAUUUGCCAGAUGUAAUUGGCAAUCUAACUUGCUUGAGGAGAUUGAAUGUGGAAACAAAUGAGCUCGAAGAACUUCCUUACGCGAUAGGAUCCUGCUCAUCACUUGUGGAGCUGAGGCUGGAUUUCAAUCAGCUCAAAGCCCUUCCUGGGGCAAUUGGAAAGCUUGGAUGCUUGGAGGUUCUUACUCUGCGUUAUAACAGAAUCAAAGGGUUGCCAACAACAAUGGGACACCUUUUGAAUUUGAAGGAACUCAAUGUUAGCUUCAAUGAACUGGAAUCCAUACCCGAAAGCCUUUGUUUUGCAGCAAGUCUCGUGAAGCUGAAUGUUGGGAACAACUUUGCUGACCUGAGAGCCUUGCCAAAAUCGAUUGGGAACCUUGAGUUGCUUGAAGAAUUAGAUAUAAGUGAUGACCAGAUAAGGGCACUGCCGGAUUCUUUCAGAUUUCUCUCAAAACUCAGAGUCUUCCGAGCUGAUGAGACUCCAUUAGAGCUGCCGCCAAGACAAGUAACAAAGCUAGGGGCUCGAGCUGUUGUUGAGUACAUGCAGAGGCGGAGCCAGUGUUUACAGUCAGUGGAGGCGAAAAAGGAGGGGGAGGUGGAGGUGGAGGCCUUAUGGGGUGAGCACUGGGCUUGGCGUCAUUCCUUACUAAAAAAUGAGGCCUAAAAGUUAGCCCCCGCCUGUUGGAGACAAUAUCAUCAACUUCUGCUAAUAAGCUUCCCCAGUUAGUCCCGCCUGAUUAUACAAUAAAUAUUUCAUAGGAAAAUUGGCUGUACUAAUGAAGGACAAAAGCAUGUAUAAAAAUAUCUAUUUAUGUAUGGAAAGUUGGGAUUUUAUUUUAUUUUCCACAAGAGCCAGCGCAGGUCCC